UUCUUUAAGAAAAUUUAGGUUUAAGGUAAGAAAAAUGGAAGGAGGAGAAUUAGGAGAUGGGCAUUUGUAUUUAACAACGAAAAAAAAUUUGUUGACAAAAUCCGUGGUACUGGUGACAGAAUUUUCUGAAAGAAAUCGAGAGGAUAGUCUGCUUGCCCAUUUCCUUUGUGUUUAAUAUAUUAAUUUAAUUGUUUGAUUUUAGAUUCUUAGAAAAUUGAAAUGAGAUGAGGAUGAUAAGUUUAAAAUUUAGCUGUUGUUGUUCACGUUGUUUUUUUAAUUGAGAAGUUACUCUUGGAUACAGAGAGCUCUUACUGGCUACUUGAAAUAAAAAAUUUUUAAUGAAGGUUUAAUUUUAACUUUUAAUUUCUUUUUAGAUUUCAUUGAGUUAUUUCCUGUCCGAUAUAAUUUUUUUUAAUUCCUCCAAUUAUGGAAAAUAUUUCUUCAAGUCAAUUACCUCAAAGUAUUUAUGGAUCUACUUCAAAGGAAACAACAACAAAAUUGCCUUCAAGUCAAUAUCAAAGCACAGAAUGUAUUUUAUAUGGAAGCAUUACAAAUUUGGAGAAGGGACAAUUUAUUGAAAGAUUAAAAGGUUUAUGUGAUCCCGGUGGACCUGUUGCUUUUUUUGAACAUAAUAUGGUUUUUAAAUUGAAAACAGGCACAGAUUCUCCAGUUCAAGUCCAAAUGCGCCGUCGUUUCAAAACUGAUAAUCUUCAUUGGCAUUGUCGUUAUAUUGCUAUACCAGAGACUGCUGUUAAAGAUGUUAUUGUUCGCAAAGUUAUUGAUUCUUUAAUUUAUUCAAAUGAUAUGAUGAGUUUUGUAAAGUCGUUGGGAUUGAGAAUGGAAUAUGAAUACAUUGCUAAUGGAUUUCUUUUUACAAAACGAGAUAUUCGGGUAAUAAUGUAUCAAGUAAUGUGUUCUGACACAAUUGGAAAUUAUAACAAAUUAAAACAAUUUGGAGAAUCUUUUUUGGUUGAAGCUUCAAUAUUAGUACCUGAUGGGCAACCUUAUGAAGGGGCAAUAAAAAAUUUGAAAGAAUUUGCUGAUCAAUUACUGCCUAUAUGCAAAUUGGAAUAUCUGGAUUAUAUUAAUAAAUAG